UAGUCAAAGUAACUAUUCAAUAGCUACGCGAGUGUGGCGUUUGUUUGUAUUAUCGCAGAAUACGAAAAGAAAUGAGAGCUAGUGCAGCUAAGCAAAGGGGGUUGAAGCUCGUAGCCGGGCUAGGGUGGCGCGAGGGCGGAGGGAGGCAGAGGGCGGGCGUUCCGGCGCUCGAUACGCGCGCGCGCCGCGGCCACGUUAGUUCGUUCGUCAGUCGCGUUUUGUCGCCGUUGCGUUUGGGUUGUGUGCCGUUCGCCGGCGUCCAUCUGUCAAACGCUUCGAUAUCGAUGUUGUACUCUUGUCGUUUUAUUAAGUAUGAUACGGAGUAACUGAUCAUCAGUCGAGGUAGUGAUGGCUCGCAGCAUGCUAGCGGGCGCGGCGCUCCUGUGCGCCCUAUUAGCGGCGCCACUGGCCGCUGUCACGCUGCUGCCCCACGACGUGCGCCCCGGACAUGCCGUCCGCCACUUUGUUUGCAACCAUUCCCAUUACACCAUGCUUGACCCCGAACUAGAGCCCUACUUCACUCUACUCGAUGACGGCCUACUCAUGACCAUUGCCGAUCUCGCGCCGCUUCUCGACCGCCCUCUGAACCUCGCAAUAUUGGAGCAAACACCCUACAGUAGCGCCGCUCAUUCCGUCCCACUACUCGUGGUUGAUCGGAGGCGCAUGCUCCAUUUCCCUACCACCAACGGAUUGCGCGGAGAAAUACCAGAAAACGCUCCCUCGGGAUCUGUCGUCGAUUUGCCACCUAUAAAAGCCACAUCACUGCAUGAUUCAGGACCCGUCGCUUACAAAAUUGUAAAAGGAAAUGAAGAUCCCAUUUUCGCGCUACGUGACAAGAUCAAGGGAGAUAUCGUGCCGGAAGUUAGAUCGGUUAUUACGGAAGGAGACGUGGAAAUUAUCGCAACACGAUCAUUAGAUGCCGAAGAGAAAAGCUCUUACGAAAUAGUGGUUCAAGCGACAGAUUUGCAAGGCACUAAUAAAGCUAGUCUUCCAAUUAGAAUAGACGUCGCCGAUGAAAACGACCAUGCUCCCGCAUUUGAACAAGACGUUUAUUAUUUCGCUGUAAAUGGCACUAUUGAUGAAAACGGGCCUAAUGGCACUGCGCAUUGGCAGAGAUUUUCGAAUAUCGGUCAAGUGCACGCGUACGAUGCCGAUGGAGAUCGCGUGUACUACUCGUUAACAGUGCCCAGUAAUUUGGCUGUCAUUGUGCCACAAACUGGGGAGUUGAUCCUGGCUGGCGAGCCGGAUGAGCACGAAGUGGAACUGCGAGUGUUGGCGCACGACACAGGCUCGCCGCCGCGCAAGAGUCGCCCAGCGCGCAUCUUUAUCGACUUCGUGGUACCUGAACGUAACGAACUCCCGACGCUCCACCGUGAGAAGCGACGGGUGACACGUGCUGUGAGACCCACAAAACGUACGGAAUUCUCCGAGGCUGAUGGUGAAGUGGAAGGACGUUCGGUGUUCACCCUCGAGAAGGAAACUGACCGCGAAACCUUCAAAAUUCGGGACGAAAAUCCGUGGGUCACCGUUGAGCCCAGUGGUGUAGUGAAAGUUAAAAAGAAGUGGGACUAUGAGGAGCUUGGACCUGAGAAGACAAUUGACUUCUGGGUGACUAUUACCAACGCUGGAAAUGGAGGUAAGUUGCUUUAUACGGAUAACCAACGCGUAAUCAUCCACGUGAAGGACGUGAACGAUGAGCCGCCGUACUUUAUCAACCGGCCGCUGCCGAUGCAGACGGUGGUGCAGCUGAACGCCGCACCCAACACCCCCGUGUUCACGCUGCAGGCCCGAGACCCCGACACAGACCACAACAUCCACUACUUCAUAGUGAGAGACAGGACCGGUGGCAGAUUCGAGGUCGACGAGCGUUCGGGGGUCGUCCGCACUAGAGGCACUGAUCCUUUCCAGUUGGACAUGGAGUACGUGUUAUAUGUGAAGGCCGAAGAUCAGAGUGGCCGCGUGGACGAGCGCCGCUUCCAGUCGACACCGGAGGAGCGCCUGAGCAUCGUGGGCGGCAAACGCGCCCCGCAGUUCUACUUGCCCAGCUAUGAGGCCGAGAUCGCCGAGAACCAGAAGAAGGAUUCUGACAUUAUCUCCGUGAAAGCGAAAUCGUUCGCCGACCGCGAGAUCCGAUACACGCUGAAGGCGCAGGGCCAGGGCGCCGGCACCUUCAACAUCGGACCCACCUCGGGCAUUGUCAAGCUUGCUAAAGAACUGGACUUUGAAGACCUGAGGCAGCCGCAUGUGUACUCGCUUGUGGUUACGGCUACCGAAGAUUCUGGGGGGUUUUCUACGUCAGUUGAGUUAACAAUUCGCGUGACGGACGUGAACGACAACGCGCCGAAGUUCGAGCUGCCCGACUACCAGGCGCACAACGUCGACGAGGACAUACCGCUGGGCACCAGCAUACUCAAGGUCAAAGCCAUGGACGCCGACUCGGGGAAAAACGCAGAAAUUGAAUAUUUAGUGUCUGACGAUCACUUCAGUGUCGACUCCAAUGGCAUUAUAACGAACAAUAAACAGCUUGACGCGGAUAAUAACAAUGCUUACUACGAGUUCGUUGUCACAGCUAAAGAUAAAGGCGAACCCGCUAAAACGGGUACCGCUACGGUUCGAGUUUAUACCAAGAACAAAAACGAUGAAGAACCCAAAUUCUCUCAACAAGUAUACACGCCUAAUGUAGAUGAAAAUGCUGGACCUAAUACUCUCGUUACAACUGUAGUUGCUUCAGACAAAGACGGUGAUAAUGUUAGGUUUGGCUUCGUCGGUGGCGGUACAAGCUCUGGACAAUUCGUUAUUGAAGAAAUAACUGGAGUAAUUCGCUUGCAUAACAAAGCUAUAUCAUUAGACAGAGAUAAGUACGAACUCAAUGUGACUGCAAUGGACGAUGGAGCAUGCUGCGUUAACGGAGAUGCCACGAUUCACACUUCGACGGCCGUCGUAGUAGUGUUUAUAACUGACGUUAACGACAAUAAACCUAUUUUUAAGGAAUGUCCAACCUACUACCCAAAAGUUGAAGAGGGUGCUCCUAACGGUAGUCCCGUACUGAAGGUUCAUGCUACUGAUGAAGACAAAGGGGUAAACGGACAAGUUAAAUAUUCGAUUGUGCAGCAACCUAAUCAAAAAGGCACUAAAUUUACGGUCGACGAAGAGACUGGGGAAGUGUCCACUAACAAAGUAUUCGACAGAGAAGGUGAUGAUGGUAAAUUUGUAUCGGUUACGGUAAAGGCUACGGACCAGGGUGAACCCUCGUUAGAAGGAGUUUGCUCCUUUACGGUUGAAAUUACUGAUGUAAACGACAACCCACCGCUUUUUGACAGACAAAAAUAUGUGGAGAACGUCAAACAAGACGCCAGUAUAGGUACAAACAUAUUGAGAGUAUCCGCAUCCGACGAGGAUGCCGACAAUAACGGCGCCAUAGUUUACACUCUGAGCGCCCCGUACAAUCCCGGAGAUAUCGAAUAUUUCGAAAUCCAGCCCGAAUCGGGCUGGAUCGUUCUAAAGAAGCCCCUUGACCGGGACAGGUACCGUCUGCGCGUGCGCGCCUCCGACCGAGGCGAGCCGCCCUCCUCCGCAGACGUGGACGUUGAAUUAGACGUGGUAGACAGGAACAAUAAGCCCCCCAUCUGGGACAUGACCACGUAUGGCCCCGUUCACAUCAAAGAGAAUGUCACAGUGGGUACCGUAGUGACCAGUGUGAAAGCCAGCUCGGGCAUUGAGAACAACCCGACCGUUUUUUAUCGGUUGAUGCCCGGAUCGACAGCCCAAACGAAUAAAUUUCAUACAUUUUAUUUGCAACAAAGAGCGGAUAAUGGAUUUACUUGGGCAGAUAUAAAAGUUAAUCAUCCAUUGGACUAUGAGAGCAUUAAGGAAUACAAUUUGACGAUACGAGUGGAGAACAACGGUGCUCAACAACUGGCUUCGGAAGCGACAGUAUACAUCAUGUUAGAAGACGUUAACGACGAAAUACCACUCUUCACGGAACGAGAACAAGAGACGGUGCUGGAAGGAGAGCCCAUAGGCACGAAGGUCACACAAGUGAACGCCAUAGACAAGGACGGCACGUUUCCCAACAACCAGGUGUAUUAUUACAUCGUGGACUCGCCGCGGAACGAGGGCAAGGACUUCUUCGAGAUCAGCAUGCAGACGGGCGAGAUCUUCACCAAGGUGGUGUUCGACAGGGAGAAGCAAGGCGCCUACGCGCUCGAGGUCGAGGCACGGGACGGCGCGCCCUCCGCGCGUCCCAACUCCGACAACCAACCCAACUCAGUGACUAAGUUCAUCCGCAUCGGCAUCGCUGACAAGAAUGACAACCCGCCGUACUUCGACAAGGAGCUGUACGAGGCGGAAGUGGACGAAAAUGAAGACAUCCAGCAUACCGUUCUCACUGUCACCGCCAAAGAUCACGACGAAUCGUCGCGUAUUCGAUACGAGAUCACGAGCGGGAACAUAGGCGGAGCGUUCGCCGUCAAGAACAUGACCGGCGCGAUCUACGUGGCGGGUGCACUCGACUACGAGACUAGGAAACGGUACGAGCUGAAGCUAGCCGCUUCGGACAACUUGAAGGAAAACUACACAACGGUGGUGAUCCACGUCAAAGAUGUGAAUGACAACCCGCCCGUGUUCGAGAGGCCAACCUACCGAACACAGAUCACUGAAGAGGAUGACCGCAAUCUACCAAAACGCGUGCUGCAGGUAACGGCCACUGACGGCGAUAAGGACAGACAGCAAAACAUCGUCUAUUUCCUUACCGGCCAAGGUAUCGAUCCCGACAACCCAGCAAACAGCAAGUUUGACAUCAAUAGGACAACUGGAGAAAUAUUUGUUCUAAAACCUUUAGAUCGAGAUCAACCAAAUGGAAGGCCACAGUGGAGAUUUACAGUUUUUGCUCAAGAUGAAGGAGGCGAAGGACUUGUAGGUUACGCUGAUGUUCAAGUCAAUCUUAAAGACAUUAAUGAUAAUGCACCUAUUUUCCCUCAAGGGGUGUAUUUUGGCAACGUUACGGAAAAUGGCACAGCUGGUAUGGUUGUUAUGACAAUGACAGCGAUAGAUUAUGAUGAUCCGGCCGAAAGUAAUAAUGCGAAAUUAUGGUACUCCAUUGAAAAAAAUGUGAUCGAAGAAGAAACAGGGUCACCCAUUUUUGAAAUUGAGCCCGAAACAGGUGUAAUUAAAACCGCGGUAUGUUGUUUGGAUCGAGAAAGGACUCCAGAUUAUUCUAUACAAAUAGUAGCGUCAGAUGGAGGGGGGUUAAAGGGCACGGGUACUGCCUCUAUUAGAGUAAAAGAUAUCAACGAUAUGCCACCUCAGUUCACCAAAGACGAGUGGUUUACAGAAGUGGAUGAAACUGAUGGGACAAAUCUUCCUGAGAUGCCCAUCCUGACGGUAACCGUUCAUGAUGAAGAUGAGACAAAUAAAUUUCAAUAUAAAGUUAUUGAAAACAGUGGCUAUGGCGCCGAUAAGUUUACUAUGGUUAGAAACAAUGACGGUACUGGAUCAUUAAAGAUAGUGCAGCCUUUAGAUUACGAAGACCAAUUGCAAAGCAAUGGCUUUAGAUUUAGGAUUCAAGUAAAUGAUAAAGGUGAAGAUAAUGACAACGAUAAAUACCACGUAGCAUAUUCUUGGGUUGUAGUUAAACUAAGAGAUAUUAAUGACAAUAAACCACAGUUUGAAAGGGCUAACAUAGAAGUAUCUGUAUAUGAAAAUGCUGAAGUAGGUAAGAGUUUAGAAACGUUCAAAGCUACUGACCCUGACCAAGGUGGGAAAAGUAAGGUUUCAUACGCUAUUGACAGAUCUUCAGAUCGGAAACGACAGUUCUCUAUAAACCAAGAAGGAACAGUUAGCAUACAAAGGUCCUUGGACAGAGAAGAUACGCCACGUCAUCAAGUUAAAAUUUUGGCCAUAGAUGACGGUGUCCCACCUAGAACGGCAACUGCGACAUUAACGGUAAUCGUACAAGACAUAAAUGAUAACGCACCUACUUUUUUGAAGGAUUACAGACCAGUACUUACAGAGCAUAUAACACCUAAGAAAGUUGCAGAAAUUUUGGCCACCGAUGAUGAUGAUAGAUCAAAAAGUAAUGGUCCGCCUUUCCAAUUCAGGCUGGACCCUGGUGCAGAUGACAUAAUAAGAGCGUCAUUCAAAGUUGAACAGGAUCAGAAGGGUGCCAACGGUGAUGGUAUGGCAAUUGUUUCUUCUCUACGCUCCUUUGAUAGAGAACAACAAAAAGAAUACCUUAUUCCCAUCAUUAUUAAAGACCACGGAAAUCCAGCCAUGACUGGCACAAGUACGCUUACAGUCGUUAUCGGUGAUGUAAAUGAUAACAAAAUGCAGCCUGGUUCGAAAGAUAUCCUUGUGUAUAAUUACCAAGGACAAGCACCUGACACCGAAAUCGGUCGAGUAUACGUUUAUGAUCUGGACGAUUGGGAUUUGCCAGACAAGAAAUUCUUCUGGGAGAGCACAGAACACCCAAAUUUCACAUUAAAUGAGGAAACGGGAAUGAUUCAAAUGAAGCAUAAAACUAGAGAAGGCCGUUAUAAUUUGCAGUUUAAAGUGUAUGACAGGAAACACACACAAACAGAUGUACCGGCUAAUGUAACGGUGUAUGUUAAAGAAAUAUCGCAUGAUGCUAUAAUCAAUUCGGGAUCAAUAAGAAUAUCGGGAAUAUCUGACGAGGACUUUAUCAGAGUCUGGAACUACAAGACAUUAAGCGUUUCACGAAGUAAAUUAGAAAUAUUUAAAGAUAAAUUAGCAGAUUUACUAAACACGGAACGUGAAAACAUCGACAUUUUUAGUGUUCAACUUAGAAAGAAACAUCCUCCUGUCACUGAUAUCCGAUUUGCAGCACAUGGAGCUCAUUAUUACAAACCUAUCCGGCUAAACGGCAUCGUUCUCAUGCAUAGGGAGGAAAUCGAAAGAGCUGUAGGUAUAAACAUAACGAUGGUGGGCAUUGAUGAGUGUCUCUAUGAAAAUCAAAUGUGCGAAGGAUCAUGUACUAAUGUUUUGGAUAUUAGUAACUUGCCAUACAUGGUUAACGCUAAUAAGACUGCUUUAGUCGGCGUUAGAGUAGAUGUAAUUGCUGAAUGCACAUGUGGUGCUAGAAACUUCACUCAGGCAGAAACGUGCCGAAACUCGCCUUGUUAUAAUGGUGGAAGGUGUAUUGAAGGAAAAUACGGCCUAACUUGUUCGUGCCCGCCUGGAUAUACAGGACCACGUUGUCAACAAACUUCCAGAAGCUUCCGUGGAACUGGUUGGGCUUGGUAUCCCGCUUUAGAAAUGUGUGACAGCUCUCAUCUUAGUUUCGAGUUUAUCACGCGAAAAUCAGAAGGUGUAUUAUUGUACAAUGGACCUAUCGUUCCUCCUGAACCAGAAGAAAUCAUGGUAUCUGAUUUCAUAUCCGUGGAAUUAGAAAGAGGAAAUCCCAGGCUCUUGAUUGAUUUUGGCUCUGGUACUUUAGAACUAAGAGUUAAAACAAAGAAAACUUUGGACGACGGCGAAUGGCAUCGAAUUGACAUUUUCUGGGAUACGGAAAAUGUACGAAUGAUAGUUGAUUACUGCAAAUCGGCCGAUGUUCAAGAGAUGGAAGAUGGUACACCCCCAGAAUUCGAUGAUUCCUCAUGCCAAGCUGUAGGAACUAUACCACCGUUUAAUGAGUAUUUAAAUGUUAAUGGACCGCUACAGAUUGGUGGUUUAUACAUGGAACACUUCGACCCAACUCACUAUCAUUGGCAAUACAUGCCCAUUGGUAAAGGAUUUGAUGGAUGUAUCCGAAACCUAAUUCACAAUAGUAAACUAUACGAUUUGUCUCACCCAGGCCUAAGCAGAAACUCGGUUGCGGGCUGUCCACAGACAGAAGAAAUUUGUAAUCAAGCCGAUACUACUUCGAGGUGUUGGGAACACGGAACGUGUGUCGGCAGUUUUUCAGAAGCCAGAUGCCAAUGCCAACCCGGCUGGACAGGACCGUCUUGUAAUUUGCCUACCACACCUACUAGCUUCCGACCACAGAGCUAUGUGAAAUUUGCUCUCAGUUUUGAGCCGGAUCGAUUUAGUACACAAAUUCAAUUGCGCUUUAGAACUCGUGAACCUCAUGGUGAGUUAUUUAGAGUCAGCGACCAACAUAAUCGCGAAUACGGUAUACUUGAAGUAAAAGAGGCUCGCCUACAUUUCCGAUAUAACCUUAAUUCACUACGAACUGAAGAAAGAGAUGUAUGGCUCAACUCUGUUGCUGUUGACGACGGACAAUGGCACAUUGCCCGAGUGAGUCGCUACGGAAGUGCGGCCACCUUGGAAAUAGACGGCGGCGAGGGGAGAAGAUAUAACGAGACGUUUACGUUCGAAGGGCACCAAUGGUUGCUUGUAGAUAAGCAAGAGGGUGUAUAUGCAGGAGGUAAAGCAGAAUAUACAGGAGUUAGAACGUUUGAGGUGUACGCCGAUUUCCAAAAAGGUUGCUUGGACGACAUCAGAUUGGAGGGCAAACAUUUGCCCUUACCGCCAGCAAUGAACGGAACACAGUGGGGUCAGGCAACUAUGGCAAGGAAUCUCGACCGAAACUGCCCAUCCAAUAGCCCCUGCAUCAACGUACAUUGUAAUGAACCGUUCGUGUGCGUCGACUUGUGGAACGAGUAUGAAUGCACGUGUCCCGGCGGGUCUACGAGAGCGAGCAACGGCUGCGUGAACGUGGACGAGUGCCUCAUGUCGAACCCGUGCCUGAACGGGGGCACGUGCGUGGACCGCGAGCCGGCGCGCCGCUACGACUGCCGCUGCGCGCUGGGCUACACCGGCCACGACUGCGAACUAGAACUCCUCGCCUCUGGAUUCAUCACGCCCUCCAGAGAUUUCAUUAUAGCUAUCAUUGUCUGUUUGUUUGUGCUUUUGGUCUUGGUGCUAGUGUUUGUGGUGUACAACCGUCGCCGGGAGGCGCACAUCAAGUACCCGGGCCCCGACGACGACGUGCGCGAGAACAUCAUCAACUACGAUGACGAGGGCGGCGGCGAGGAUGACAUGACGGCCUUCGACAUCACGCCCCUGCAGAUACCCAUAGGCGGCCCGCUGCCCGACGCGCCGACUAAACUGCCCUAUCCGCUAAUGGGCGUCGGUCUCGGGGUGGGGCCCAUGGGAGUGGGUGUCGGCGUGGGCGUGGGGCCCGUGCCGCUGCCCGGCGAGACCAACGUGGGUAUGUUCAUCGAGGAGCACAAGCGGCGCGCCGACAGCGACCCCAACGCGCCGCCAUUCGACGACCUGCGCAACUACGCGUACGAGGGCGGCGGCAGCACCGCGGGCUCGCUCUCCAGCCUCGCCUCCGCAGGUACUGAUGACGACACGCACGAGUAUGACUACCUGGGCGCGUGGGGCCCCCGCUUCGACAAGCUGGCCGAUAUGUACGGGCCCGACAUGGACGAACAACUGUAGGCGCCGGCGCGAGCCACACGUUAGUCAAUUGUCUCCCACCCUACAAUAAGACAUAGUCAAUCCGCCUAGCACAACUGCAUUGCCGGCAUCCUACCUACUUCAUAGUUCGAGAUGCGAUUGAAAACACGAGUGUGGUGUCGAAUACAUUUGUACUAGACGUACGAGAAAUGAGUAGGUACAUAAAUCUUUGGAGCUUAUCUCCUCCCCGUAUCCGCGGAGUCGCAUUUGUAAAUAAACGUGCGGGACUAAUUAAUAUCUCGGCUCUCACUCGGACUUAAUAAUUAUUCUUAUCAAUUUUAUACAACUUUAUUUGUAGUUAACGUAACUUUAAGUACUCAUUUUAGAUAUUUAAUUGCGACAUUUUUUAUAAAAUGUAAACGUAUCUUCACCAAAUAUUUGAUAAAUAAGUUUUUAUUCGAGUUAGCCAUACUAUGAGUCAGUAUUUUAGGUAUUGGAAAUUAUUGCGUUAAGCGGAUUUUUGCCGAAGGGCCAGCGUGAACCUGGGUCGUGGGUGUUUGUAGAUAGUGUGCUAUAUACAUGUGAAUAAUUUAUACGAGUAUUUUGUAAGUCCACAGCUUUACGUGAUACCACUUAAUAAUAUGGCCCUUCCGCAUAACAUCACUAUAAUAGUGAAAGAAUAUGUUAUAUUUUAUAAUAGUGAUUGAAUUAAUUAAUGUGUCCAUUCGGACGAUCGAGUUUAAAACGCUCAUUCGACUCGUGGAAUAUUUUCGAGGGAUGUACAUAAUGUAAUGUUACACUAGGCACGACUACCCUUGACUAUCCUAGCGAAAUAUGGAACUUAUUGUAAUUCAACUAUAAUUAUAAGAAAAAAAUAAACUGUACAGUAACUAUGGUGUUCCUUUCCUAACGUCUCCGUGUAGUAUUAGCGAAUAAUAGGUUAGGUAUCUGGAAAUCGUAGGUAACGAAUACAUAGUCAUGGUUCGAAGAGAGUUUUGCGUUGCGGGCGUGCGCGACGCGACGGCUGCGAGCGAGCGUGAGGCGUGAGUGUGUGCGUGCGAGGCGCGGAUAUGAAUGGGACUGUGCCAAUUUAUUAGCAACCUAUGGAUACAGCUAAUGAUGGUAGACUUAAGUGUUUGCACUUUAUUUAUUCGUAUAUUUACAUAAAUAAAUUUAGUCGCACCUAGGAAAAUAUCAAUAACUUAUUAAGAGUGUUGUGCUAGAAUUCUAUUCUAACGAUUUUGAUGUGAGAUAGUUAUUGGGAACCGUUAGAAGUCACUAAUUUAAAGAUUAAUUUUUAAGAAUUUAUAGUACAUUAAUAUAUCUACCUAAUAAUGUUUCCAUAGACUGUCUCACCUCGACAUCGAAUAACGAUCAGUGUAAAUUUUAGAAUAUAUACUGAAUUGUGUUAAAAUGACUGAUUUUAUUAUGCGUUUGAAAGCCUAAGAUUUUUGUAGAUUCGGUUAUUUAAUUAUAAACUACCUUACUGUAAGUCCACCCUAUAGUUUGCACACGAUACGAACACUUCUAGAUAUCAUUCAACUAUAAUAAUAUUAAAGCAAUUCCUGUUAAUUAUUAUUCAUAUAAGAAUACUUACAGUAUAGUUUAAUAAACAGAGCUGCAUCAUUUUUAUUAAGUUACAUUAUCAUUACACUGCCAGUAAUCAUACAUAUUAACGAAUUACUAAAUAGUGUUUUCAGUCCGUUUUUGUAUUUCAGCCUUUUACAAUAUACGAUAAUUAUAAGCUUUUGGAACUGUUUAUUUUUAAUUUUCUGACCUAAUAUAACUACAGUGCGUACUCUACGCUCACCCAGCUCCUCUUAGGUCAUUGCUGUCCUCGGUAGUACUUUCACGGUUUUCCGAAGCGUUCGGCGCCGAGGUCGCGGUCGGGGCCGCUGUGGGCGAUAGCUUAGUUAUGACUCGCGUAUUGCAUGUGACUGCAACUGGUAUUCACAAUUUAUGCGUCGUGCUCGUUUGUAACAGCUGCGCCAACCACGACCUCAUCUGCGUUCUACGAACUUCCCUUACUCGUGUAGUGGUCUAUAUCGGCCGCUAACGUAACGCAGCGAAAACAAAUGCUCUCCAGCGUUUUUGUUAAUUUAAAACAAUGCAAUUGUCUUGCUGCGUUACGAAGCUGAUCGGCGAAGACCUUGUCAAAGCACACGUACAUCGACGACAGAGCACUCAGUACAAGGUGCGAGACCGCGCUCGCCACUGAGCCGGUGCACAUAUUGUUUAAGACAUAAUUGAUACCUAGUUAUGUUUGUUUCAACUGUGAUUAUUUAGUUGUACAACUCUGAUGAUUACAUAAAAGAAUGAAUAAAAAUGUAAAAAAGUUGA